AUGGAUUUGGGUGGGAUCUUAUUGCUAACACAAUCACUGCCUCAUAAAAUGUUUAGGCUAAGUAAGCCAAGAGCGAAGCAAUAUCGCACUCAAGGUUUAGUGCACUAUCAGCUUUUAGGGGAGAUAUUCAACACCACUACUGCAACCGGUCAGUUGCGUUAUGCCUCUAAUCAACUUCCUCCAAACUCAAAUAAAGAUCGUGAGUUAGAGAACAACUUCCUUAACAUCAGUGUUCACAUUGAUGUUGACUUGGAUGAUGAUGGUGUUAACCUGGAAAUUGAUCAUGGUAAAGGAAAAAGAAAGUGUGUAACUGCUGCCCCAACCGAACGUCAUCCAAAGAACUGA